GUACACUAGUGAGCACAGACAACUACACAUGGAACACAGCUGACAGCCUCGGCAAGGGAGCCAGUGCUGUGGUUUAUCUAGGAAGACAUAAGACUGCUGGGACGUACGUUGCCGUCAAGGUUUUCCAUGAGCAUAUCUAUCAAGGGCACAAGCCUGCUGACAGUCAUGAACUGGAACUGCUUCAACAGCUGAAACACCAAAACAUCAUUCAUUUUUUGGGUGUUGAAACUACUACUGUCAACCCAAGGGUGGUCAUCAUCAUGGAAUAUUGCGAGGGUGGCUCCCUACAUCACAUGAUUGAUCUGCCCCAGUACCGCCACGGGCUCACAGAGGACGAGUACUUGCUAGUUCUCUACCAUGUCUGCUGUGGUAUGGAGUACCUUCAACAGAAGAAUGUCAUACACAGAGACAUCAAACCAGGCAACAUCAUGAGAUUCAUUACAAAUGAUGGGUUUUCACUGUACAAGCUGACAGACUUUGGAGCAGCCAGAAACCUGUAUGAGGAUGAGAAUUUUCAGUCUUUGUAUGGCACAGAAGAGUAUCUGCACCCAGGUAUGUAUGAGAGAGCAGUUUUAAGGCUGCCAAAUUCCCAGAUCUUCGAUGCAAAAGUUGACCUUUGGUCACUGGGUGUGACCUUUUACCACACAGCCACUGGACAGCUUCCAUUUCGGCCAUAUGGAGGUCGCAGCAACAGGCGAACAAUGUUUGAGAUUAUUACUCAGAAGGAGAGUGGGGUGAUCUCUGGUGUUCAGACUACUGAAAAUGGACCAAUUGAACUGAAGCGAGAUUUGCCAGAUACCUGUCCUUUGUCAAGUGGACUCAAGUCUCUAGUCAUACCACUCUUGGCUGGACUGAUGGAGCAGGACCCUCGCAAGAUGAUCACUUACUCAGGUCUCUUCCGCAUUGUGCACAGCAUCAAACAGAAGCUGACCAUCAACGUCUUCUAUUUCAGUAAAGCUGAAGAACUGGUCAUCUAUGCUGACCCCAACGCCACCCUCUCAGGUCUCCAGGAUCUGAUAGCUUCCCAGACAGACCUAACAGCCUCUGACCAGAUCCUCAUAGUUGGUGGCCAGACCCUAGAGGAUGUGGUUGACUCCAUGAACCCAUUGCAAACUUAUCCCUCUCACCUGCGGAACAACGCCAUUUAUUUGUUUCACAGGCAGAUCACUGAAGAUCACAAGUUGACACAACCGUACAUUCCGCCUAAACCAGACAUCAUGCUGCUUGACAUGGAGACAGAUGCCAGACUUGCACAUAGUUGCUCUUCCUGGGGGGAGUUAGUGAAGAGGAACCAGCAGAGCUGCAGUCAGCAGCAGGAGAAGUUAGUUAGUGGGAUCUUGUAUUUCAGGUGA